CCCGGACUCACACGUCCUCCCGGCUGAGCCUCUGGCGGUCAUAUACAGACACUACUGAGGCAUCACAGGCGGGACUGGGUCAUGGUUCAGGGAUAACCAGUAAUCUAUAUGCCCACUGUGACACUCAUCAUGACAUUAGCUCAUCGGAGGAACAGGAAAACAUGAUACAACUUAAUUCUGCAACUGAAGAACCACAACAAAGAAUGAAUGACUUAAAGCCUACUGGAACUGAGGAACUUCAAAAUGGUAAAUCUACCACCUGGGAUAGUCAAUCAAUUCCAACAGCCGGUGAGGAUAUACACUUGGUUAUAACCUAAAUUGUUACUAUCGUAAAAGAAGAAAAAAAAAGGGCAGUCAUGCUUUGGAGCUGUCUGCCAAUGGAACACAUGAUAACCUAUCCUUUAAAUUGGUUGCUUCAAGUGUAGACUACUACAACCCGCCAAAUAUGUGAUGUGGAUUCCAUCAAUAUAUGAGCCAAUAAAAAGAAAAGGAGAUAACAUAACCAACUAUGCUGGAGAAGGACCCUAACCAUUUAUAUGUGUGGGUCCCAUACUACUGAUAGCAGCCCAAGCUUGUGCAAUGCUCCAAGAAGGUAUGGCGGAAACGGUGGUUUGUACUACGACGAGGGAGGAUGAGUGGAAACCCGGACGUGUUAGAAUAUUACAAAAAUAAUCACUCGAAAAAACCUAUAAGGAUAAUAGACCUGAAUGAAUGUGAAGUGCAGAAAUACAUUGGAGUUAACCUGAUAAAGAAAGAAUUCCAAAACAGCUUUGUGUUCAUUGUGAAAACUGCUUUUCGUACAUUCUACCUUGUGGCUAGGACAGAGGAAGAAAUGCAGAGCUGGAUGCAUAAUAUUAGCCAGAUCUGCAACUUUGGACAGCUGGAAGAUGGCACAGAUUCUGUGGAGAGCCUUCCUCAUACCAACUCCUCCGUCCAAGCUUCCCCAGCAGUCUCCACUCACACGUCAAGGAUCACAGACCCGUCCUUCUCUGUGGACAGCUCAGCUGCUGAUACCUCGACAGAAGACAACAGAAGUGAAUCCGAAUCAAUAUUCAUCCCAGACUAUCUCAUCUUAUCCAAUUGUGAGAGUGGGAAACUGAAUACUGCCAGAUGUGACACUUGCUCUAACUCUGAAAAGUCACUGGAGCAGACAUCUUCCGAUGACGUUUUUCUCGACUGCCUCCCAUCCCAGCACUCCGUUAGCCAGACUCUCUACAAUGUUAACUUCCACCACAAUCACAUGCCGUCGGCCAACUUUGUUUUUGUUAAAGACUUAGAAUCAAAUGGUUCAUCCAGUGACUUUUCCUCUUCCUCCCCACUGCUGGGACCCUCUUCAGCACAGACAUUUCCAGUUGAUAAAAACCACAGUGGAGUCAGUGACAAUGAAAUAUUACCCAUCACUCCACCACCAAGACCGCCUAAACCAAACCAUUUUCCUGAAGCAAGGCCUGAGGUGAUUUCCAGUGGAAUUAUCCAGAAUGGACAUUGUUUAUCUGGAAUGGUGCCCAGAAGAAUUUCACUAUCCAGUCUGGACAAUGUUAGGAACUGGAAAGGUGAUGUGGAAGACGGCUCACUAAGAAGUAGAGAUAAGAGACUCAGCUUAAAUCUGCCAAGGUUUACACCACUUUAUUCCUUUACAUCAGACUGUUCAGAAGAUAGCUAUGUCCCCAUGAACCCAAAUGCUUCCCCGCCAGUUUCUGAGUCAGACAGUAGCACAGAUGGAUAUAUACCAAUGAGUCCGGUCACUGCAGCUUUUACCUUCCCAACAUCAGUCAACUCAAAGGUUACCAGUCCUUUGCCAGAACUCCCUGCAGACCUGGAGCCCCCUCCUGUAAAUCGAGACCUCAAACCUCGUCGAAAGAUGCGCCCACCACCUCUGGACCUGCGUAAUCUUUCUACAAUUCGAGAACAUCCUGCGGUGACUAGAACAUGGACAGUGCCUUACAAUCGGACCAGCUUUAUCUCCCCAGAAAGUGACUGUAUUAGGUCAGCAAAUGUCUUUUCCAGUUCUGUCUCAGGAGAAGAGGAGGAGAGCUAUAUUCCAAUGGAGCAGAGACAAGGGGUAUCCCCCAGCAAUGGCAGCUUUCCAUGGCCUCGGAAGUUCAACCUUGACUAUCUGGCAUUAGACUUUAAUUCUGCAUCUCCAUCUCCUGUACAAAAGAAACCUUUCCUGUCUGAAGAGCAGAGAGUGGACUAUGUACAAGUAGACGAGAAGAAGACUCAAGCACUGCAGAACACUAAACAGGAGUGGUCUGACGAGAGACAAUCUAAAGUGUAAAGCCGUCUUCAUAGUCUUUUUAUGUUUUGCACUAGAAUAUACAAUUUAUAUAGCAGCUAAAUGGACAUUUUUAUCAUUUGCAUUUCAAGCUGCAGGGAAAAACAGGAAAGCCAAGGGACAAAAUGUAUUUAUUUCCCUAUAUGACAGAUGUGGGAAUUGCUGAGAGUUUGUACUCACAUCCAUGCAUCUAUAGCAUGCACUGAUUGUAUACAUGAACGUAUACUACAGGUAGCAGAAUUUAUACUGAGCACCUCAACAGUAUGAAGGAUGACAUGUACCUGAAGUAUACACAUAACCACUUCAUUUUUGAUAAGCCAUAUAAAUCAUGUAACAAUGCUCUUCCUCCUGAGUGAAUGGAUGAUACUCCCACCUCAAGGAGUUGUCUCAUUCUCUCAGUUUUUAUAGUGCACAGUAGACCUCUUGGUUUCAAAAUAGGUGCAAUGAAUUCCAAAUGUUUUAUAUGUUUAUAUUAGUGGCACUGUAGUUUAUGCACUGCACUCACAUUUUUUAUGAUUGUAAUCUAUUUUUAUGUUCUCAAUGAAAGUGUCUAAUUUAGGGGCUAAAAAUUGCACCACUGUGUUUAGCUAUAGCACUGAAACUCUAAAAAUGACCACGUGCAGGUUGUGUUUUUGGGAGUCACACCCGUGGUGAGCCUUAGCAGUGUCUGGUAAAGGGAACAAUGUUGGUUUUGAGUAAAUAUGUAUAGGUGGGCCCUUGGCACCAUGUAUGAAUUAUUACUACUAUUAUUUUUACACAUCCAUUCCAGUCUACUGUCAAAUGCAUAUCUUAUACAACAUGUUAGAAAUGGACAGCAUUGCUUUCUUUCUAAGCAUACAAAACAUGGGCUUACAGAUACACUGUAUACUUUGCAUACUGGUUGCUUCUGACCUUAAAGGGGUACUCUGCUGCCCCAGCAUUCGAAAUGUUUUGUCCCGAAUGCUUGGAGCCGGUGGUGGGGGGGUCAUGACGUCACACCACACCCCUUGUGACAUCACACCACGCCCCCUCAAUGCAAAUCUAUGGGAGGGGGCAUGGCGACCACCAUGCCCCCUCUCAUAGAAUUGCAUUAAGGGGGUGUGGCGGGACAUGAGGGGUGUGACCAUGACAUCACAACCCCCUGCCGCCCUCACCUAAACGAACACCGGGUACUGCACAGAGAUCACAGGUGUCUCAGCUGCCGGACCCCCUGCGAUCAGACAUCUUAUCCCCUAUCCUUUGGAUAGGGGAUAAGAUAUGUAGGGGCGGAGUACCCCUUUAAGGAACACCCCUCUGAAAAGCAGACUUUUCAUUGUAGUUAUGUGUGUGCCCUGCAGCAGGAAAGACAUUGGGCAGAGAAUACAAGUUUUAUGAUCUUUUAUAUUGCCGGAGCCAUUGCAAUUAUGACAAAUCAGUUGUGUAACAGAACCUUAUGGGUCCCUAUAACCAACAAGUUUUACUGAUCCUGUUCUUCUUAAUAUAGCUUAAUGCUGCACCUAUCAGUAAUCUCCAUUGUUUUGUAUGCUACAAGCGACACAUCAAGAAAUGGAAUGCUGUAUCCAUAUUACACCCAUAAGUACCUGUUUCAUAGUUUGUUUUUUACCUUUAACCUUAACCAAGAUGUCAAGUGAGCACAAGUUGGUGCUGUUGACUUGACACCUGUUACACUUAAUAAUACUGCAUAGCCUAUAUGAAUUUUCAUUACAGUAAGAAUUUCCAUAGCUGAAAUGUUCUUUAUAGUAUCUACAAGUAUAAUAUUAACUUUAGUCCACAUACUAUGGAUUGGUAAGAAAUCAGAAAACAACAUGUACCAGUAUCCUUAUCUCAGACACAGAGCUGCAGCCUCUACUGAUAUUAUAUAAAAUGGAUAGGAAAGUUAGUGACAUAAUACCAAUGCGCGUAUUCACACUUGUGUUCAUUCAAACUUAAUUUAAGAUAAAAAAAACAUCCCUGUACCUUUCUUUAAAAUAGUAGGAUUAGAGGAUUAAGAUCUUAAGCAGCUUGUGUCAAACACAAGUGUCAACAUAGAAUGAAACUGACCGCAUUGAGAUACAUUGUAAGUGGUAGAUUGCAAUGUAUAUAUAUAUAAUUUAUGUAUCUUUCAUAACAUUUUUGAGAUAGGGAAACACUUAACUAGUUAUGGUGGCACAGUAGUAUAAAAAAAAGAGUCACACAGUGAUACUACACAUAAUGCAGUUGUUGUAUCUUAAAGGGGUAUUCU